AUGGUGUCCACACGAGGAGGUGCCCGCACCAGCGGAGGGAUUGCCACAGAGCAGUCGCUGAAGAAGAAGCCAGUCCGCAAGACGACGACCAAGCCAGCACCGACUGCAGCGAAACCGAAGACAACACGCGCGAAGAAAGCCGAGCCAGUCCAGGAAACCGCCGACAUCGACGACGAGCAGGACGAGCUACAGCUAGAUACAGCAGCGCCUACUGCCAAGACGGCGAGACGGACACAGGCAGAGAAGCCCAAGGAGGAUGCAGCGAAGCCCGCGAAGAAGGCGGUGUCGCGUGCGAAGAAAGACGAAGACACCGUGAAAGCGCCGGCCGCGAAGCCAGCAGCGAAAGUUGGGAGGCCGAAGGGAAGCACGAAGUCUGUCAAGGAGAAGCCGAUUGAGAGCGAUAACAAGAAAAUGGAACUCCCACCACCUGCUGAGCCGAAAGGAACUCGCGCGACCAGAGCCACUGCAUCAACCGCUGCCAAAGGUCGUGCAACACCACUAUCACCUAAGAAGAUCACACAAGUCUCAAGAGUACCACCAAAGAUAACGACGACGAAGACGGCGACCGUAAAGACUACGGCGACGAAGGUUACAGUCAACAAGGCUGCGCCGCGGGGAAGACCAGCGACCAGGAAGCGCAACAUAUCAGACGAGAAUGCGGAAGGCUUGAAAGUGCCAGCGAAGAAGCAGGCUCUCGCAGACGACGAUCAAGACAAGGUCGUAGAGGAGCCGGAUGAGCAGACCACCGAGACUGUCGAGGCAGCCGAAGAGGAGGCCACUAGGCCGACGACACCAGCGACGCCGAAUGGAGUCGUAGAACCACAUGCAGAAGAAGAUGCAGAGGGGAACACUCAGGAGGAUGACGCAGCCUCUGAACCUGACUCUGAGUCCGACUCUAGUGCUCCGUCUGGCGACGAGCUAUUGGGCCCAAAGACACCACUAAAACGCUGCAGUCCAAAGGAGGCGACGCGAUUCUCGUCCGCACGGAAGAGUGUCCCUCGUAUGAACGCCUCGAUCAAGACUCCCGUCAGACGUUUCGCUGUACUUGGAACACAGCAAGGCACACCUCAGACGCAGAAGCCAUAUUGCAAGCCCAGCAUACCAAUGUCUGAACUGCGGCCAAUGACCGUGGCCAGAGCUCGCGACCGAGCAAUGGUCUUUCCCCAGCUACAGCCCUUGCCGAAGCUAAAGGACAAUGAGGAUGUCGAAGAUUGGGAACAAUCGGACACGCCGGAGGGCCAAGAUGCGCACAUGAAGGUUGAUGAUGACUUGGCAUUGUCACGGUUUCCCAGACUUCUAACAGAGACUGAUUUUGAAGGUAAUGAGACUUCUGCAGAGCUCGGCGAUCUCCAAGAAACCAUCUCUCAUAUGCAAGACUCUGAGUUGCUACAAAUGGAAGACGAAGAGGAGGACUCGCGGUCAAACGACGAACCAGAUGACGAGAGCGGUGAAGAUCUCGAAGACAGCCAGGAUGCCACUGAGAUCGACCAAGACUUCAACAUCGCGGAGCCUCUCGAGAAUGACCCCCAACAUAACACUGAGGUUGACCCGACUGUGACUGCUGGGGAGGAGACUGGCGCCAGCCGUGGCGAUGACCGUUCGCUGAAUGAGCCCGAACGUGAUCUCGAGGCCGAUGAUACCGAUGUAGACAUGGAAGAUGCGCUACCGGCCGACCCCACUCCACGACCGGAGACGCUUGUGUGGGAGAACGUGCAAGACGAUAUUACGAUCCCCUUUGGUUUUGAGGUUGAUCUUUCUGCAUCUCGCACUUUGCCACCGGUGGAACCAACCGAGCGGCUGAGCCUUGCAGGGACUCUCGAACAAGCCAGUUCCGCAAAGCCUGAAAGCAACGAGAAGACUGUCGCAAAGCAGGACAUCGCAAGUAGCGAUGUCGUUGCGAUGGGUGGAGCUGAGGAGCAGUCUGCUGCACGAACAUCCUUAGAUGCCACGGUGAACUUGAGUGACUUUCUUGAUGUCAAGUCCUUGGCGGGCCCGAUCAGAGACCAUGAGCCACGAGUGACUGCCGAUCAAGCCCAGGACACAGAAUCCGUAUCUGAUGAAAUAGAAGCAGCCGAUGCUGAUGGUUCGCCGUCUCCCAUGAAAGCGCAUGCCACGCCAGCAAGAGACAUUAGCGAGCUUGACACUGCUCUCGAGGAUAUUCAGGACGAUCAGGAGUUCGACAUACCUCGCUAUGCUCGUCCUACGAUCGCCUCCCGGCGUAAGUCGCUGCCUGCCAUCUUUUAUCGGACUCCAACCAAGGACAUCGAGAGGCCGAUGACAGCGAUUGGUGCCAGCAUGCCGAGAGUCGAGGUGCCAUACGGCAUUUACCUGUUCGCGAACGCAGCCACGCCUUCGAAAGCGACCCCUGCCAGGCCACGGACGAGCAUGGCGCAUGGCUUGGCCAGUGAGAAGAAGCUACGUAAGGCGUCGCAGACUCCUGUUACUGGCUCACCUGUACCCAAGACACCAGGCACGAGUGUUCCAGACACGGUGCAGAUUAGGGGAGCAUUCACAUCGCCGUCGAGGACGCCGAGGCCAAGAUUGUCGCAUGCUGGUACGCCAGGCACCAGUGUACCCGAAAGCAUAAGACCAACACCUCGUGAGCGCUUCCCAGGUCUACCGUCAAGAACAGCAUACGAUAUGGAGAGCAGUCUGAUAUCCGCGACUCCGUUGAAGAGCAAGGCAGUACAAGCCGAGCGAUUUCCAGGUCUACCCCCACAAGACUCUUACAAAUCGUUUGUCGAGGACACAGAGAUGGUAGCCAUGCAGGUAGCAGAGGAGUCACCGAGUAUGCGCACACCUAAAGCGGCGCAAUCAGUCACCAAAGAACGCUUUCCCGGUCUACCACCAAGCAAUACCUACACGGAAAGCUUUGAAGCGGCGAAUGAGGAGCAGGCUGAGGAGGGUGCUCCAUCCACACCAGUAGCAGCUACCGGUGAGCGGUAUCCUGGACUUCCGUCGAAGAGAUCCUAUGCAGAGCAUGCCAUGACCGCAAUGCCGGCUUCACGAUUCCGGACACCAACACAGAGCCCAGCGAAGCGACCAGCAACUGCACAGAAGCCGGCGUCUUUGAGAAAGAUCGCACUAAAGGCUUCUACUCCUAGGCGAACGCCUCUGAAGGCGCCCACGAUGACGCCUGGCAUGGAACCAAUGACACCUCACCCCGCGGCGCCAUUGAGGGGUGUCGUGGCUCUCGUUGAGGUCUUCACCAGUGAUGGCGGAUGCGCCACUCCAGCCUUCACAGUCUUGCUUCAACGCUUGGGUGCAAAGACCACAAAGACAUUUAGCGAGCGCGUCACUCACCUGGUCUUCAAGGAGGGAUCGCCCACGACCCUGCAACGCCUGCGUGUACACAAUAAACAGGUCGCGGAGACUGGUAUGGGCAAGGAGAUCUACUGUGUCAACAGCCGCUGGGUCUCGGACUGUGACACUGGAAGUAUGCGCAUGGACGAGACCGAUGAAGCAUAUGCUGUUGAUGUGGAGGAUGUGCCUCGCGCAGGCAAGCGUCGCCGCAAGUCCAUGGAGCCCACUGCUUUGAAGAACAUCGGAGGCAACGUGGUACGCGAUCGACACAGCACUCUUGGCAGAAGCUCUCUCAGCCGAAACUCCCUCAAGCCGGACUUUGACGACUCGGAGAUGGACGUCACCCCAAAGGCCAGCGUUGACAAGGAGAACGGUGGUGAAGACGGAUCACCUGCUACACCUGCAUAUCUCGCGGCACCAGAUUCGUUGGUGCAGCAGACGGCGCCGAUGAACCGGGUGAGGAAGCUGGACUUCACCAGAAAAGAGUUGGAGAAGAGCCGACGCUUGACCUUCUUCAAUGGCGCGUUUUGA